AGUCGCACGCACCAGUCCCGAACGCAACCUGUUAUACCGGCAAGUUAAUAUACCCACCCUCCGUACGGUUGUUAACGUUGUACCGCCGUUCGUUAAAUUAUUCCUCCCAGUUCCCAGUGCAUGUUUCUACAUCAUCGGUGACGCACUAUCGCUACUGCUUUAGUACUUCCAUCGCACCGACUCGGGUUGAUUCCCUUUCACGAGAAUCGAAUUCGUACGCACCGGACCCUGACCUUCGUUUUGCUCGGGACAGCAACAGUUUGUGAUCAUUCGUGGCGAUCAGCAUCCGCCUUCCCGAAGGAGAAAUCAAACGCACAGCGUACGGUUAUAGCAGUGUACCGAAAUGUCCGACAAAAAGCGACCAGUUUACGUGCAGUACGUCCUUGGCGGUCUAUCGGGUAUCGGGGCAACAUGUGUCGUUCAGCCGCUGGAUCUGGUAAAGACACGCAUGCAAAUCUCCGGUAUGGGAGGUGCGGCCAAGGAAUACAACAACACCUUCGAUGCGAUCGGCAAAAUCGUGCGCCGCGAGGGCUUGCUGGCGAUGUACAAGGGAUUAAGCGCGGCCAUCAUGCGACAGGCAACCUACACAACGACCCGCCUCGGUGUGUACACGUCGCUCAAUGAUGCCUACAAACAAAAAACCAACAAAGCGCCGAAUCUGCUCGCAUCGAUGGCGAUGGGUAUGACGGCCGGUGCGAUCGGUUCAUUUGUGGGCAAUCCGAGCGAGCUGAUCCUGAUUCGGAUGACUGCCGAUGGACGGUUACCGGUGGCCGAACGGCGUAACUAUACGGGCUUCUUUAAUGCGCUCUUCCGGAUCGCCCGAGAGGAAGGUAUCCUGUCGCUCUGGCGCGGAUGCGUACCGACGAUGGGACGUGCGAUGGUGGUGAACGCCGCUCAGCUUGCUUCGUACUCGCAAGCCAAGGCCUAUUUGGUCAGUUCGGAGUUGCUGAAGGAGGGCAUCGGGCUACACUUCACCGCCAGUAUGUUCUCGGGUUUGAUUACAACGGCCGCCUCACUGCCGGUGGACAUCGCUAAGACGAGAAUUCAAAACAUGAAGGUCGCACCGGGCCAGGCCCCACCAUACAAGAGCACGAUCGACGUGAUUGUGAAAGUCAUCCGGCAUGAAGGUCUGUUUGCGCUCUGGAAGGGUUUCACCGCGUACUACGGUCGGCUCGGACCACACACGGUGCUAACGUUCAUCAUUCUCGAGCAGCUGAACGGAUUGUACAACAAGCACAUGGGCGUGGAAGGCAGCAAGUCGUGCCUAUAAGCUUCCGGUCGUUAUCGCGAACGCAGACAGCAGAACGGAUGCUGCUGCACGCAUUUCAUUCGAUGGCAAUUGUAAAUGUAUUUUCUUGUUACUUCUGUUUGUAUUGUAUCGCCUAGUACUAUCCCAUCCUAAUGCCCGGCCCGAAACGCUCCCAGCCACCGGGGGUUUUCCCAGUUUUUUCUCCGAACGAAUGAAGCAAGGUAGCACCCGGAACCGUAAUAGCACAACGUUUCGAAACACCUGUUAUGCGAAGCGACCUCAAAAUAAUCGCACACACUUCACCCAACGUCACGCCGUUGGCAACCGUCCAAACACGAUACGCGUUGCCGUUGGCGCCACGCUAGAGUAGCGUCGCGUCUUUAUUUGUUAGCCGAUCGUGUGUUUUUUUUUAUUAUUAUUUUCUUCUUGGCCGUUCGCCAACGUGAACUUGAACCAGAUGCAGAUAUGCAACGGCAAUAUCAUGCUGCGUCGCUUCGAAACGAAACGGAGAAACGAACUGUGACAAUAUGCGGGGAUAGAGUGUUUAUAGGAAACAAAUCGUGGAUCGUCCUGUUUUCAGGAAUGCGAAACACCACGGCUAGUGCUCGUAGGGACAGAUUCGUACGUAUAUGAUAUAUUUUGUUUAUGUUUUUUUUUCGCCGAUAGGAUCUAGAAACAACGUAACACAAAUAAAAAAGCACGCAUAGCGAACAUGAGAAUGCAAACGUGGGUAUGUGUGUGGUUGCUAUGUUACGCGCGACUCAAGCAACUCCCUGCCGGGGGGAGUUUUGUAUCUCGCAGUCCUUCAGAAGAUCCUCGAACAGCUUCACAAGACUGUCUAUGCCCUCGAGAUAGUUCCGGUCGACGGCAGGUGGUUCGGUCGGUGGCAACGGAAACGUGUGCGCAAAGUCGAUCAUACGCGCCUUGGCCCAGAUCUUGUCCUCGUACGAACCAACGAGAUUGUCCAGCAUGAACGUAUAGUUUUCUUUCAUA